UCCGAGAGUUCAUUUGAUAUCGUUUUGGGACAAAACAGCAUUAUACUCGAAUCAGAGCCUUAUUUGGGCUCAGUUUUCUAGUCAAAUUUGGAGAAAAGUCAAGUCGUCGUCCUGUUCAAAAGUAGCUGGAGUCACUUCUUCUUAUCAUCUUCAUGUAACAAUUAAUUCAAUGCAUAAUAUUUUCUUAUAUAUCACAGAACAUCCGAUCCAAAAACAUCAACAACUACUUCUUUCCAAAACCUUCAAUUCAAAUUAUUAUACACCAUAUGGCUAGCUAUGGCACCAUGCAAAGGCCAUCCACCACCUCAACAUCAACACUUCCAACAACUCCUCAUCCCCAUGAACCAAAAGACACAACCAGAAAAACCCGCAACGACUUCAAGCUCCUCUUCCCCUUCAACAUCCCCGCAACCCCCGAAGCUGCCGCGGUUCGUAUCAUCCGAAACUUGGGCUAUUUCCGAUUGUACUACAUACUCUUCAUAUGGACCAUACUCUCCAUAACCCUUCUGCCUAAGCGCAAAGUUUCCUUAAUUUUCUUGGUGGCAAUGACUGCUGUGACCUGCUUGUACCUUGUGCUAUUAAGGGUAGUACCUAAUUCUGUUGUGCUGCAGAAGAUCAUUGAUAGAAGACUGGUCCUGGCCUUGUUGGCCAUUGUGACCAUGGUUGAGCUCAUACUUACCCGUGCAGCCCUUCAUCUGUUUCUGACUUUAGGUUGUGGGACGCCAGUUGUUUUGGUUCAUGCAGUUUUGAGGGUGAGAGAUGAUCUUUUUGUUGAGGAAGAGGCUUGCGCUGCUGGUGAAUUAGUUCCACUCAGACCAACUAGUGAGCCCAAAUUAUCUGAUGCAGUGUGAUAAUUUUAUGGAUUUAUGAAUUUGAGAAUUUUUUGUUUUUUUUUUGUUUUUGUAGCUUCUGAAUUUGUGAAUUAGCCAAUUUCUGAAUUUUUGUUUUUAUAGUUAGAUCUUUAUUGUAUCUAAGAGACUGGAGAUUACUAA